AUGGUUUUCGCUGACAACGUGUCCAUCGUGCGCAUCACGUUCAAGGAGGACAUCAACGUUGCCGGACGCGCUGGCUAUUUCGACGGUUAUGGCAUCAUCCGAGUGCCUCCCUCACAUGCGGCAGAUGUUUGGGGCAUUCCGGGCUGGGAGACGAUUCCGGGAGGCUUUCAUGCCCUCCUCCUCUGCGUGACAUUGGCAGGCCCGAGGGGCGUGCAGAGCAUCCGCGCGGCCGAGGAAGGGCUCGACCAGAAGCAGCAGGUGGGUGCUCCGACUGCCAGCCCAGCGCCCUGCCCAGUGGCAGCCCCGCGCGAGGGCAGCAGAAGCGUCUUCGAGAUCGAUGCCGUGCUCUUCCAGGAGCUGAGCCUGUGGCAGAUUUGGACCAUAAGGGCGGGGCAGGGCUGCGACGGGGCCAAGGUCGGUCGCGCCAUCUUGGCCCCCGAGAUCGAUGCCGUCGACCCCACGAACAAGUCGAACGUGAUCAUCACCAUCAGCGGCAUGAACGAGUCCCUGGACGUGGGUCCGACCCUCAGCGUCUGCGCGACGGAGCCCCAGGGGCGCUGCGUGGCGGAGCUGCGCCUGAAUGAGCGGCCCAGGCGGCUGGUGGAUCUCUUCAUCGGCGUCCUCAACGAUCGCACCGUGCGCGCCUUCCGUUCCCUGCACCCCAGCAUGGCACUCCUUUUCGAAGUCCUUGUGGCAGCCGCCAUCUGCGUGGUGAUCUACACUGUAGCCUGGUUCGUGUAUCUGGCCCAUACUGCCUUCAAGGAACCUCCAAGCAUUAAGACCAACUUUUCGGUGGAGGCCGAGCAGGUCUGGGGCUUGACGGAGGCCGAGGACAUCAUCGCCCAGGGCCUCAUCGACGUCCUGUUUUUCGUCAUCGGCUGUGGAUGCGUGGACGCACUACUGGCCCUCGUGCUCGCGGCUGUGCUCUAG